AUGGAAACAACAGAAAAGCAAUCGAGUGAUCGAGUGAUUUCACUGGCUGUAAACGAUUUCGAUGAUUGCCGAAAGAAAUUCGACGCAUGUCUGAUGUCAGUGCUGGGCGAUGAGCGAUACGCAAUGCUGCAAGCAAAAAUCGAUCGUGGCGCCGAUCCGGACGGUCAUCACUGGAGACGUGUCAACAAUGAGUCGAUGGAGCUGUACAGGCAGCUAGACGAUCACUUUGCUCAGUUCGAUGCCUCAGUGUACAAGAAGAUCUUCACUUUUUUAUUGGAUCUUUUGGGAGAAACGGAGCUCGAAAAUCUCUAUCGAUACUUCAAAGCGACUUACGACUCUGAAAGCAUUUCGAAAAUCAGUUUCCUUCAAACGAUCUUUGGGGAGCUCACCGAGAAGUACAAGGACAUCACUUUUGAAUACUCACCUAUUCUCAUGCAAUGUUAUCGUUCAAAAGCAAAUUACGAGAUUGUUAACUUGUCCUGGAAGUUCUUCCUUUGGAAAAACAAAUCCAUCAUGGCCGCUACAAGUUCGGAGAGCGAAGUGCUUGCAUAUAAAGGAAGAAAAGGCAAACAGUUGGUCAACGACGCUGUCGAACUUGAUAGCUUUAUCAAAGUUGGGGCUUGGCUUCUGAUCUGUGCUGCUGGAUGUUAUGUGGGUGUGAGUAUGGGUGGCUUGACGCGCUUGAAUGAAGCUGCUAUGAAAAUGACUGACCGUCAUCCGUUCACAUGGAUUCCGCCGUUCGGGCACUGGGAUGAAGAAUUUGAGAAGUACAAGAAGUUUGAUGAGUACAAAAUGCUGCCGACAGAAGAGCGACAGGAAUUAACUCUAAACGAGUUCAUCUUUCGCUGGCUCCUCGUCUAUUUCCACCGAAUCGGUGGAAGAAUGCUUUUCUUCGUCUUUUUCAUUCCGUGUGGCGUCUUCUGGUAUAAAGGCUACUUUACUAGUCUCCUGAAGCGCCGAAUGUUCAUGGCUGGGCUGCUCAUGUUCUUGCAGAUCCCUUUGGGAUGGUACAUGUUAAACAGCGGUCUUCACCGUGAGCUUAUGGCCAAUAAGAAGAAGCCUGGAGUCAGCCAGUAUCGCAUGGCUUUUCAUCUAAUCGACCCGUUUCUCAUGUUUGGUAUCUUCUUCUACAAUGCCUUGUCAUUACUUUUGCAGCCGCAAAACCAUUGCAAUGUCGCCAAAAUCGGAAACGCACGCCUUUUUGGAAAGAUUCUGAUUGGACUACUGCUGGUGGGCUCCUUCAUGGGCAGUUUUCUCACAGCCCUCGAUGCGGCUGAACCGGAAUACGCGAGAGCUUGGUUCCCCGACGAUUUAUGGGUUUUGGUGCCGAAGUGGAGGAAUCUAUUCGAGAACCCGGUCACAGCCAAUUUUGUACACAGAUAUUUGGGAUACGCCACUUUUGCGAUGAUCAACGUGACUUUUUUCUACAGUCGCCGUUUGUGCCUUCUCCCUCGUGCCAGUUUGGCUCUCAAGGGCAUCAUGGCUCUCGGAUACAGUCAACUUUUCCUUGGUAUUAUCACAAUGUAUUUCCGCGAUCCUCCAGUCGUCGCUUGGCUUCAUCAGAACUUUGCCUUGCAUCUGUUCAGCGCCAUUCUUUGGUUUGCUCACGAAAUCCGCCCACUUCCUUUG